GUGCGCAGGCGCUAAACCCAGACGGAGAAGAGCAUGCGCGGAGUUAGACUGGUUGAUGUGGAGUCGUUUCUUUCUCAGCUUCAGAUGGGUUAGAAUUCGACGGGAUAAUGGAAGUGUUGGACUCAGCAGCUGCUCAAAGACGCUUGUAAACACAUUGAGCUACUGGAAGACUUCCAAUAGGGAAAUUGGAAACAAACAUCACAUCAAGAUUAUGGAGUCGCUCAAUUCACCAGGACCUGAAUAUCAUCAGACUUUGAAUAUGGAAGUGAAAAGUGCAGUCCAUAGUGAGGAGAAACCAUGGGACUGUGAUGUCUGUGGAAAGCGAUUUAGGUACCCAUCUCAGCUGGUAACUCACCACCGCACUCACACUGAAGAGAGACCAUUCAUUUGCUCUGAGUGUGGUGAAGAAUUUUCUGAUUCUUCUAACCUGCUGCAACACCAGCGAGCUCAUGCUGAUGAAAGACCUUUUAAAUGCCAAGACUGUGAAAAGUGCUUUAAAACUUUCAGAAGUCUAAAGUGCCAUCAACGUGUUCACACUGCUGAGACACCGUUCAGGUGCUCUCACUGUGGGUUAGUGUUCAGGAAUUCAUCUAAUCUGAAUAGACAUGAACGCAGCCACACUGGGGAGAUGCCAUUCACUUGCACCAAGUGUGGGAAGGGAUUCCCUCAGUCAUCCAGACUGCUGACACACCAACGAGUUCACACAAGGGUGAAACAAUUGACCUGUCUUGAGUGUGGGAAGGAAUUCACUGAGUUCUCCAGCUUGCUGAGUCACCAGCGAGUUCAUGCCAGGGAAAGACUAUUUAUUUGCUCCAAGUGUGGAAAGGAAUUCAUUCACUCAUCCAAUUUCCUGACAGACCAGCGAGUUCACAUUGGAGAGGGACCGUUUACAUGCCCUGAGUGUGGGAAGGUAUUCACUCUGUUAGCUACUCUCCUGACACAUCAACAUAAACACCCACCACCAUUAACCUGCUCUGAAUGUCAAAGAGAUUUACUCAGCUGCCGUGCUGACGUACCAGUGAAUUCGUAAGAUUGUGCUGUUAAUCACAUCCAGGAAUGGCCCAUGUUCAUUGAGGUCUAUUUCUGCUGAUGUUAAUAAAUUCUUACUCAGUUUUAUGUCGUAGAUAAAAGUCAAAUAAAUCAACUUUGUGUU